GAAACCAUGGUUUUUAAUUUUUAGGUUCAUGCACCUUCCCAAUCUCACUCCUUUUCUAUUUCUAUUUCACCCAUUAAAUAAUAAUAUAUCACUAUCGAUCAAUUUCACCUUAAAUUCACAUGUUUCUUCAUCUUUUCAACUUUUCAUCACCGGUUCGCUUCACCAUCGAAAGGUCUAUGUAUCAUAAACUUCUGAGGCUGAAUAUAACAAGUUUAUUCUGAAGAACGCUGCAAAAGUUGCUACCCGUUAAGAUUAUCAUAAGAUUAUAAAUUGUGUAAUUUGAUUUCUUCCAUAAACUUGUCGUCAUUUGUUGUUGCAGAAUCUGUUUUGUUGCAGUUGGUAUGAAACUUUACUCCAAAACUGAUAUGCAUUCUCUGAUAAUCAGAAGCAGAUUCUAUUUAUCCGAACAUUAAUAACCGAUUAUUCCGUCUUCACGUCUUAAGAAAUCAUUUUCAAAAUACAAGAAAUCUUGUGACUUACCAUGAAGCUAGUAACACUAGCACAAGCGAGUGACGUUGAAGAUUUAAUAAAUACAAAAGGUGAAGAUCAUGAUUUAUGGCCACUCGAUGAAAUCGACCCUACAAAGUCAAGGUUCCCUUGUUGUUUGGUGUGGACCCCACUUCCGGUGGUCUCGUGGUUGGCGCCCUUUAUUGGGCAUGUUGGUUUAUGCAUGGAGGAUGGAACGAUUGUCGAUUUUUCUGGUUCCAAUUUUGUGAACGUUGAUGAUUUCGCUUAUGGUGCUGUGGCUCGAUACAUUCAACUUGAUCGGGAACAGUGUUGCUUCCCAUCGAACCUCGCAAGUCACACAUGUAAGCAUCGUUACAAGCACGCAGAAAGAGGCACCGCCAUUAGCUGGGACGACAGCAUCAACUCAAGCAGGCGUCACUUUGAGCACAAAUCCUACAACCUUUUCACUUGUAACUGUCACUCUUUUGUUGCUACUUGUUUGAACCGGAUGUCUUAUGGCGGCUCAAUGGACUGGAACAUGAUCAAUGUGGCGGGUCUUCUGUUAAAGGGGCGGUGGGUGGAUUUCAUGGCGGUGGUUAGAUCGUUUCUGCCGUUCACUGUGAUGGUUUGUUUUGGUAUAAGCUUUGUUGGGUGGCCUUUCUUGAUUGGUCUUUUGAUGUUUUGUGCACUUCUUAUUGUCUGGUUUGUGGUUGGUACUUAUUGUUUAAAAACUCUGUUGGAAUGUUAGGGGUGUUUGUAUUUUGGGGGAACUUAAAGAUGAAAAUCUGAAAUCAGAUUUUAACUUUAAAAAGUUCUUGUGGUGUAAA